AUGGCCAGUGGAGAAGAUGAUGAUCCUAUUAUAGAAGAGAUUGAUGUGUAUCUCGCCAAAAGUCUGUCAGAAAACCUGUAUCUUCUCCAGUACCCAGUCAGACCUUCUACCAUGAACUAUGACGACGUCAAUCACCUGGCGGCCAAAAUCAAGCCCAAACAGCAGCGGCUGGAGCUGGAGAUGGCCAUGGACACAAUGAGCCCAAACUACUGUCGCAGCAAAGGGGAACAGAUCGCUCUGAACGUGGACGGAACCACGUAUGACGAAGGCAACACCUACGCAGUGAAAAUGAUGGACAAACAGACCUUCUCCUCCAUCCAGGCCACGACCAACACGUCCCGAUAUGCAGCUGCCAUCUUUCGGAAAGGAGAGCUCCACAUCACUCCUCUCAAUGGGAUCCUUCAGAUGAGACCCAGCUUUUCGUACCUGGACAAAGCCGACAACAAAACCAGAGAGAGGGAGGCGGAGAGAGAAGGUGGAGAUUCUUCCCAAGACGAAGCAGAAGAAGACGCCAAGGCCAUAACGGUGAGGUUCGCGCGGCCGGAGUCGGAGCAGGCGCGACAGAGAAGGAUCCAGUCGUACGAGUUCAUUCAAAAGAAACACGCAGAGGAGCCCUGGGUUCACCUGCGAUACCACGGCCUCCGGGAUUCCCGUUCGGAACAUGAGAAGCAGUAUCUUUACUGUCAGUCCGUGGACGCCUCUCAGAACUCAGAACUGGUCAAAACCCCAAAGGAGUACCUGGCCAUGCUCAUGCCGCCACAAGCCGAGGAGAAAGUUGUUCAGGUGGCAGGUCCCAGUAACGUCCUGUCCAUGGCUCAGCUCCGCACACUGCCUCUCGCCGAGCAGGUCAAGACCCUCAUGAAGAACGUGAAGAUAAUGCCGUUUGCAAACCUCAUGGGUCUCCUCGCUCUGGGCACAGACUCUACUGCAGUGCUGCGGUGCAUCCAGCAAGUGGCGCUGCUGGUGCAGGGAAACUGGGUGGUCAAAAGCGACGUGUUGUAUCCUAAAAACACAUGCAGCGCUCACAGCGGCGUCCCGGCUGAAGUGCUCUGUCGAGGGAGAGACUUUGUGAUGUGGCGGUUCACAAUGGUGCGCUCUGUCAUGAGGAAGGAAGUCACCAACAUUAUCAAACUGCCUCCGGAGGACGUCAAAGAGUUUCUGGAGCACGUGGCGGUUCCUAGAGUGAACCGCGGCUGGGAGUUUGUGCUGCCGACCGACCACGAGUUCAACAAGAAGCAUCCGGACAUCGCUCACCGGCAGAACAUGCUGUGGAUGGGGAUUCAGAGCAAGUUGGAAAAAGUGUUCAACUUCUCGAUAGAAGACUUCAUGCCAAAGAAUUCCCCUCAACCUGACGCUGUUCAUAUUUCCGGGGAGCAACGUUUAAAAAUGGCCCAGGAACGCGCUCAAGCUAACCAGUCGUCUCUGAAGAAGGAGCUAGCGGCUAAACGGGGGAUUAGCCGCGAGGAGCCCAUGGACACUACGCCUCAUGUCAACGGCUCCGUGAACGGCGGUCUGGAUCAUGCUAACGGUACCGGAGACGCCCCCUCGGACCCCGCCUCCUCCCCCGAGCUGCAGCACUUUGUGAACACCAUAUUCAGGAAGCACUUUGUCUUAACUUUGUCGGAGUUCAAGAGACUGUUCGGGCUGCACGUGGCCUCCAGACCCGCGGGGGAGGUCGUGGUCCCCUCCGUGUCCGACUUCAUGCUCCAGAACGCCAUCCUGCAGAACCAGUGCAGGCAGAUCCACGUGCCUUUUCCUGCUCAAACCAAACUGGAAGCUGACGAACAGAAGGUGUUUUGUAUGUGGAAUACAGGAGACGACUCGGACAAGCUGCGACACGUGUUGUUUGAACUCUUCUCUAAAAACUACAGGAUCAAAAGAGCCUUAUUACUCACAAAACUGUCCCAGGAGGUCGGAGACAUCCCCAAGACAGACGUAGAUCGACUGCUCAAGGAGUGCUGCAUCAGCUCGUCCGGACACUGGUACCUCAGAGGGACCUGCCCCUCGUGA